AUGCGCGCAGUCGUCUGUCAGGGAAGCCCAUACGAUAUAGGGCGACAACAUGGCGAGCAGGCUUCUCAGGAAGUGCAUGGAAGUUUAGACUUCUACAAGCAGAUGUUCAAGCAGUCGUCUUCCAUGGAAUGGGCCGAAGUAUGUCGAACUGCGCUUAAGUUUCUACCGUUGCUAGAGACUUCGUUUCCAAACUAUAUGCAAGAGAUACGAGGAAUCGCACAAGGAGCCGGGGUUGAUGUGAAAUCCAUCCUCGCAUUGAAUGUGCGUACCGAGAUUGCGUAUGGCCUGUUUGACGACGGAUGUACGUCCCUUGCGUGGAAGUCUGGGGGCGAGAGCUUUCUAGCCCAGAAUUGGGAUUGGGACGAAGAGCAAGCGCCAAAUCUCAUCUCGUUGCACAUCACAUCAACGAUUUCAUCCAAGCCAUCUAUUCAUAUGAUCACUGAAGCCGGAAUAAUAGGCAAAAUUGGUCUUAACUCGAGAGGGGUAGGAGUCACCCUCAACGCCAUCAAGGCAAAAGGCGUAGACUUUAACAGAUUGCCCUGUCACCUUGCCCUUCGAAUUGCGUUGGAGAGCGUCUCGCGCGUCGAGGCCAUCGGUAAACUUUGGAAAGUAAAGGUUGCUUCAGCAUGCCAUAUCACCGUCGCUGAUCGUACGGGCGGUACCGGCGUCGAGUGCUCCGCUGUUGAUAUCGCAUGGCUUAACAUGGGCGAUUCCGUGGAGAGCAGGGGGGAUGUCGUCACCCAUACGAACCACUUCGUGCAUAAGCAUAAAGAUGGCUUGCGGUCAGUGCUUUUUAUGCCCGAUAGCCCGGCGCGAUUAGAUAGGGUUCGAGAACUGCUGGCACAAAGCGGUCCUACUCCUGAGGCGGAUAGAAUAGAGGAAAUCCUCAAGGACGAGCAGGGGUACCCGGCUUCGAUAUGCCGGAAGGCAGAGGGAGAGACCUCCACAACGUCGCUAUUCAGUAUUGUUAUGAAUCUGACGCAGAUAGGGGCAACGGUGAAGGUUGGACGACCGGUCGAUCCCCAGGGUAUAAUUGAGUUAAAACCCUGA